AUGGGAUCCGAUUCGUUGGGAGGGCAUUGUACUUUCAACGCCCUUUCAAGACUCGUGACUCUUCCGCUCAUCAUCCAUGCGGUUCUCUGCUUCGUCCUCUUGUUUCCUGCCUACGACACCGCUCCCGGACCCGGUGACUUCUAUUACGGCACCGUCAAGAUCGAGCGUGGCAAGUAUGUGGCCAACCGCAUUGGAACAUUUACCGCCGCACACGUCCCGAUUGUGUGGAUCUUUGCCGCGCGGAAUAAUCCUUUUCAGUGGUUCACGGGUUGGUCUUACGCUACAUUCAGUCAGUACCAUCGCUGGUUGGCGAGGACUAUGACUCUUUUGGCCGUCUCCCACGGCGUCAGCUAUUCCGUGGUCGACUGGUACAAGAACACAUAUUUGACCGUCUGGGAUGACCUGUACUGGCGGUGUGGUGUGCUGUCAGUCAUAACAAUCUGUACCUUGUUCGUAAUAGCGCUUCCGUGGGUUCGGUCUCGUUCGUACGAGGUUUUUCUGGUCUUCCACAUUGCUCUCGCGGCGGUGCUGCUGGCCGGCCUGUAUUACCAUUGGAACGAACUCACCGAACGACGUGCGUAUCAUGGCUUUCUCUGGCCCGCAGUGGCGAUGUGGUCGUUGGAUCGCUUUCUGCGCUUUUCCCGUCUGAUGUACCUCAACAUUCGACCAAUCCUCUCCAAUGGAGUCAUGGCAUUGGUCAGUCGAGACCAGGAAUCCGAGCUAGUCCGCGUGGACGUGACGGACUUCUUCUCGACACAGACGACUACUUCGACUCCGGGCCAAUACUACUUUGUCUAUGAAAUUGGGCCCUGGCAGGGCUAUCAAUCGCAUCCAUUCACGCUGUGUUCUUGGAUCUCCGAUGCGGACAGCUCUGCGCUUCGCAAGGAGGCGGACGAAACCAAAAGCCCGGGCUUUGAAGUCAUCGAUGAGGUUGCAAAGGACGCUUCUCAAACAGGCGCGAAAGCCCGAGAAGUCAGGCACACUUUCUUGAUCCGUCCACGACAAGGCUUUACACAACGGCUGCUGAGCCGCGCCUUCUCCGCCUCGAACAACGAGGACAAAGAACGCCAGAAGCUCACCCGUCGAGCGCGGUUCCUUCUUGAGGGACCAUACGGCCAAGUCCAAUACAACCCACGACACUCAAGUAUUCUCCUUCUGGUGGGCGGAUCAGGCAUAUCCGCCAUGAUCUCUCGACUCCACAUCCUCCUCGAAUCUUUUGACGAUGCUGAGAAGUCAAUCCAUCUCGUCUGGAGCGUCCGCAUGAAGGGAACUGCCGACGAUGUAUGCGCUCACGAACUGAGUAGUAUUGUUCGCCGACCGGGUUUUCGAUUGACGGUCCAUCUGACGACAGGUUCGGACAAUGAGAAGAUUGAUGAGACGUCAGCUCACGCACUGUAUGAGUUGAGGAAGGGGAGACCAGAUGUGAAAGCGAUCAUCGAGAACGAAAGAGCGAAAUGUAGCGAUGGACUGACGGUCUUGUGCUGUGGUCCGCAGUCGCUAGAACUCGACUGCAGGAAGACAGUGCAGAGCGUGCUUCACGAGGACGGAGCAGAUGUUUCGUUCUGCUCCGAGCAGUUCGGAUGGUAG